GGCACUCCUUGAUGUCAUUUCUACUCCUAGAGCCCUGGGUUGGAGCCUGCUGGAGAGGGAGGUCCCAGGCUAUCAUACCAGGCAGCUGUGAGCAGCUUUCCCUACCCCCUGAGAUAAGGGGAACAAGGACAGUGGAAGCCCUGAGUCCCCUCCCUCACACGUUUCCUGAGUGCUUUUUCAUGCCCUUUGCCCACACCUGCUUUUUAUAGUCCAACGGAUUUUGGCGGGCUUAUUUGUGUCUGCUGAGAGAAUUCUGAGAGAGUUGGAUGGAUGAUAUUGCAAUCACUUCACAAUGACUGCAUGGAUCAAAUCAAUUGCCAUCCCAUUUCUUUAUAUCAUCAGCAAAUGUCUUUGGGAUGGUUUUACUGUCACUGUACAUGUUGAUCCUGCAAUUGCCUUGGUUGGACAAGGUGUGAUGUUGUCCUGCCAGCCCGGAGGCCACAACCCCACUAACGUUCAAGUGCAUUGGUAUAAAUGGGAAAGGAGCAAAAAUAUGACGUUAUAUUUUUACAAUAGCACAGAAAAUGGUACUGAGCUGGGCCAGGUUGGGGACCAGCACAGGAGUGACUCUCCCAGAGGACGAUAUGAGAAUGGAGUCAUUACGGUGCAGCUCUUUCCAGUGCAAGUAGAAGAUAGUGGGCAGUAUGUGUGUGCGGUGACAAAUGAUGGUGUCUAUCAAGAAGCUAUCGCCCAGGUGAUUGUUGCAGGUUUUGGAUCUGCACCUCGCCUAACUAUAGACCAUCAGCAGAAUAAUUCAGUCACUCUGAGGUGUACGUCCCAAGGAUGGUACCCACAACCUGAAGUAUGCUGGACUGACAGCACAGGCCAAAACAUAACUGCUAUGGCUGAAACAAGAAUCCAAACAGAUGUGACAGAUCUGUAUCAAAUCCACAGUACGCUCAGGGUAGCAGAUAUUGCUUCUGACACUAUCUCAUGCACUAUAAGAAACCCUUUGCUGAAGAGGCACCAUAAAAAAGUUAUUGCAAUUUCAGGUUUCUUUGAUGUGGAGGCAGAACAUGACACAAUUACCACGGUAAUUGGAGAAAAUGCCAUUCUUCCCUGCCGGCUGAUUACGAAACAUCUGCCUCCUAGCAUGGAGUUGCAAUGGAGGAAAGUUGGACCUGGAAAGGAUAAGCUAAUCUAUUUCUAUCUCUAUGAUGAAAGCAGCCCCCUGGUUAAUUCUUAUCCACAGGGUGACAAAUGCCCAAUGAGCUAUUUAUCUCCAAAUGGAGACAAUAGCAGAGAAUGGCUCCGGAAGGAAUAUGAAAAAAAGGCAGAAGUUUUUAAAGGAAAAGAGUUUGGGAAAGGAAAUAUUUCUCUGAAACUGAACAAUAUUCAGGUGGAAGAUGAAGGGAAAUAUGUAUGCUCUGCCUCAGCCAACUUGUUUCACAGAGAGAUCAUCAUUGAAGUCUUGGUUAUAGGAGUAGGGAAUGAAACUUCUUUACAAAUGCAUCUGCAGAAAGUUUGCAAAUAUGAAUGUAAAUGGAAAGGGUGGUAUCCAAAGCCCAUGGUCUUCUGGAGAAAUCACAAAAGACAAAGCAUAAACUCAUUGGCUGAGACAACAGAAGUGCAGGAUGAGCAAAAUCUUUUCACAGUAGCAAGCACCAUUGCUGUGUCCUGUGAUACUCCCGAGAUUACCUGUGCCAUUGUCAACACAGAAUCAGAGAUGAUUCAACAAUCAACUGCUCAACACUUUGGUUUCUUAAUCUGUAUCUUGCUGUUUAUUGCUGUGACUGUCGAACAUUUUUUUGGAAAAUGCAAAAGCCAGUUCCAGAAUGUGAUUGACCAAGUGCAGAGGGUAAGAGAGCCAUCCUGCAAUGACUAUGACCGACUACGGAUGGAAAUGGAUCAACUGCAGAGUGAAAGGGCCCAACUACGGGGGGAAAUGGAUGAGCUUCAGAGACAAAGGGAACAACUCCAGCAUGAAAACGACCGGCUCCAGGUGGAAAACACCCAAGUCCAGCGUGAAAAUGACCAAUUGCAAAAGGAACGGGGCCAGUUCCAGGUUGAAAAGAACAUAUUCCAGCAGAAAAUCCAACAACUCCAUCUUGAAAAUGGUAAGUUUGCUCAGAUUUCUAAGCAGUUUCACUGAUUUUUUUUUUUUUAACUCAAAUGUACAUCCUGUAUUUCCAAGUCUAAAUAUAAGCCUGUGACAAGGACUGGUCCACGCACU